CAUCUUCUCACAACAACCACAUCACUGUCAUGGGUGUAUUUACUCAGGUUUAUGACACCCCUGCUGCUGUGCCUCCUGCUAGGCUUUUCAAAGCCAUGACCUUGGAUUUCCAUAACCUCUUCCCAAAGCUUGUGGAUAGCAUCCACAGUAUUGAAUUCACCCAAGGAAAUGGAGCUCCUGGCACCAUCAAGAAGAUCACCACCAUUGAAGGUGAAGAAAGCAAGUAUGUGCUGCACAGAGUUGAUGCAAUCGAUGAGGGUAGCUUUGUGUACAACUUCAGCAUAAUUGAUGGCAGUGGCUUGCCUGAGACAUUGGAGAAGAUCUCAUUCGAGAGCCAACUGGUAGAAGGCUCCAAUGGAGGAACAAUUAGGAAGGUGCAUGCCAAAUAUUUCACAAAAGGUGAAGCUGUUCUUACUGAGGAGGAACUGAAGGCUAACCAAGCCAAGAUCCAAGGUCUUGUGAAGCUCGUUGAAGGCUAUCUUCUGGCAAAUCCUCAUUACUGAACCUCUUUGCAGUAAACCAUUCAACCCUUCAUGGAUAUCUGCAUGCAGACUCACCAAUAAAUUAAUAAUAUUUUUUUAAACUUUAUAGUAUUAUAGUU